GACGCUCCGGGUGUUGUUGGUGGUGGUACUGUAUGUGAGGCGCCGCGUGGUCAAAUGCAGAAGUCGCGGAGAGCGCUCGUGAAGAGGAAGGCGGCGGCGGCGCAGGAGCGCGUCGGCGCCGCCGCGGACGCCGGGAGGAAGAGGCGCCUCUACGGCUUCUCCGCGUCGCUCGUCGUCGCGUCCUGGGUCGCGCUCCUCCUCCUCAACUCCUUCAUCGGCCACGGCGACGGUCAACGAGAUGGAGGAGACCCCGUUGUUGCCCGUCCCGUUGCUGAUCCUUCCAUCAAUGAAGGCUAUGUUAGUUCUGGUUCUGUACACCAGAACCACGAGGAGAGUUUGACAGUGGCUGACGAUACAUGUGUUAAGCUUGAUGAAAGUGUCGCGCUUUCAGAAGAGACACUGCUGCCGGAAGAUGAGCUGUGUUCCAGUGAUGGUGCGCAGAGCGAUGACAAUGAAGCUGUAACCAAUGAUAAUCGAAUUGAGCCGUCAGAAGACCAGGGUGAGCAAGAAGCCCCAGCCAAGGAUGGUCAGAUUGAACCGUCAGAAUCUCAGGUGGAGGAAGAAGCUCCAACCAAGGACGACGAAAUUGAGCAGUCGAAAGUUCAGGACGACACUCCUCUGAUGAAAAACAUCGGUUCUGGCGCUCAUCCAGCGGAGAAGGUGGAUGCCGAAGACGUUCCGAAGCCAGCAAGAUUGGCACGAGUUGUUCCUCCUGGUCUUGACGAGUUCAAGACGAGAGCGAUCGCCGAGAGGGGGCAGGACGCCUCCAGUCAGACCGGCCACGUGAUCCACCGGAGGGAACCUAGCGGGCAGCUGUACAACUACGCUUCGGCCGCUAAAGGGGCCAAGGUUCUGGAUUUCAACAAGGAGGCCAAGGGCGCUUCCAACAUCCUGGACAAAGACAAGGACAAGUACCUCCGCAACCCUUGCUCCGCGGAGGGGAAAUUUGUCGUCCUAGAGCUUUCUGAGGAAACCUUGGUAGAUACCGUUGCGCUUGCGAAUUUUGAGCACUACUCUUCUAAUUUGAAAGAGUUUGAAAUGCUGAGCAGUCUUGUUUAUCCCACGGAAAACUGGGAGACACUUGGGAGGUUCACUGUCGCAAAUGCGAAGCAGGCUCAGAGUUUCACUUUUUCAGAGCCGAAGUGGGCUAGGUAUCUGAAGCUGAACUUGCUAAACCAUUAUGGCUCUGCAAGCUACUGUACACUGAGCAUGCUUGAAGUGUAUGGGAUGGAUGCUGUGGAAAAGAUGCUCGAGAAUUUGAUCCCUGUUGAGAACAGAAAUGUUGAGUCUGAUGAGAAAUCGAAGGAUCCUGUUGAGCAAACACCUGUGAAGGAGCCUAAUGGUGGAAAAGACUCCUCACAGGAACCCCUUGAUGAAGAUGAAUUUGAACUAGAAGAUGAUAGAACAAAUGGUGAUUCUUCGAAGAAUGGUGCUCAUGAUCAGGUUAUAGAGACAAGGACCCUUCAGGCUGGCAGGAUUCCUGGAGAUACGGUUCUUAAGGUGCUCAUGCAGAAAGUUCAGUCUCUUGAUGUGAGCUUUUCUGUCCUGGAACGGUACCUAGAGGAAGUCAACAGCAGAUACGGGCAAAUUUUUAAGGAUUUCGAUGCUGAUAUUGAUAGCAAAGACGCACUAUUGCAGAAAAUUAAAUUGGAGUUGAAGGAGCUUCAGAACAGUAAAAAUCACUUGGCCAAAGAAAUUGACGGCGUCCUCUCCUGGAAGUUAGUUGCUUCCUCACAGUUAGACCAGCUUGUCCUGGAUAAUGCCAUACUCAGGUCAGAGUUUGAUCGAUUUAGGGAUAAGCAAGUUGACAUGGAGAAUAGGAGUCUUGCUGUCAUAUUUCUUAGUUUUGUUUUUGGUUGCCUAGCCCUAGCUAAAUUGUCCAUAGGUAAGAUAUUCGAUAUCUGUAGAUUAUAUGAUUUUGAAAAGUUCCAUAGUAGGGUAAAAUCCGGAUGGCUUGUGUUGCUGCUGAGCAGUUUCAUUAUAGCCUCCAUUUUGGUAAUACAGUGAUGUAUGUAAUCACUCCAUGUGUAAUCGCGGCUGCAUAGUGUAAUUCCAUGAGGUAUCUAAUUCAAAUCAGAGAUCACAUCUCUGAGAUCUUAGAAAGAA